AUGGGGAAUGUGCUCUCAAAGAAUGUUCCACUCCGAGAGAGUCUUGUAAGGCUUGAGGAGGAGAUAAGCAAGAAAGAAAAGGCAGGAAAGAAGUUGUCUGCUUCUCUGGAUGGUAUUCGAACGAAGUCAUUGGUGGGAUCGUUUGUGGCUAUUGUCCUCUCUAUGAUGUAUUCAUAUUUAGAUGGCCAAAGUAUAAUACUAUUUGGAUUGGGUAGUGCUUUUGGAUGUUACGUGGUGAGAUGUCUUUUAGUUUACCUAUAUGAGAUGAGAAUCCGAAGACUAGAAUCCGGUCUUGAGACCUUGAAAGAAAGACAGAAGGAGCAGAUUGCUCUUCUGAAAAAGGAGGAGUCUUUCGAAGCCACAAGGAAGGUUAUUGACAAGUACGAGAGUGAGUCGAUGAGGAGACAUUACUUUGGAAGUAUCAAGCAAAGAAGGAGGGGAAUGAUGGAUAGUAUCACCGAUGUUGUCCUGGGGGAUGAUCCAAGUACGAUGUAUGCAUUGAUUUGCAAAAAGUGCAACCAUCACAAUGGACUGGUUCAUCCAAACGAGUAUGAUCUCAAUGAGUUCUAUUGCUACAACUGCAACGAAUUGAACACCAGGCCAAAGAAUAGGAACAACAAUAAAUAA